AUGCAAGGCAACCUUGUCAAACUGUACCUCCUCCUGCUCGCCCCGCUGAUCACCUCGGCCUCAUGGGGCUUCGAUCUGAGUCUGACGAACAGUCUGCAGUCUGUGGAUGUGUUCAUGAAUCAUUUCGGCAACCCGAUCGGAGCCACGCUCGGGUUCUACGGCGCCUCGGUGUCGGUCGGCGGACUGUGCGCUCUUUUUGUGUCGAGCACCAUCGUCGGCCGAUGGGGUCGACGCAUGGCAUGCUUCCUCGGGUCAGCGAUUGUGAUUGGGAUGACGGUGAUGGAGUUCUUCGCCAGCACAUUCCACGUCUUCGUGGCGGGUAAGCUGCUGCUGGGUUUCGGCGCCGUGUUGCAGCAGAUCGGGGGGCCAAUUCUUGUCACCGAACUGGCGCACCCGGCUCAUCGUGAGGCUCUGACUUCGCUCUACAACACGAGCAUCUAUAUCGGACUCAUUAUCGGGUCGUGGACUGCCUUUGGCACGUACAGCAUCUCCAACAAUUGGUCGUGGCGGAUCCCGGUCCUCGUGCAGAUCGGCCUUCCCGUCUAUCAGCUCCUCACAAUCUUCCUCUGCCCUGAAUCUCCCCGCUGGCUCGUCCUCCGCGGCCGACACGAGGAAGCCCGCGAUAUUCUCAUCAAGUACCAUGGUGGCGGAGUCGAGACCGACACCGUCAGGGCCGAAUUCGCGGAGAUUCUUGCGGGCGUGGAGGUCGACCGAUCACAGAUGGAAUGGAAUGUUGCCAGCAUCAAAGCCCUGUUAGGCAGUCGUGCGAAUCAGCGCCGACUAUGGGUUUCCUUUGUGACCGGAGUGGGCUCCCAGUGCGCCGGCUCAAGCCUGAUCUCAACGUAUCUGCCGGAAGUGCUCGAGCAGGUCGGGUACUCGUCCUCCAAGCAGAAAACGCUCAUCAACGGAAUUAUCUAUAUCUUCUGCUGGCUCGUCAGCAUCGUGGGCGCACUGUUGGCGCCUCGUCUCCGUCGCCGGACGUUGUUUCUCUUCUCUACCACGGGCAUGCUGGCCUCUUUCAUCGUCUGGACGGCCCUCUCGGCGCAGUACGUCAUGACAGGGGCUCGGGGAAUGGGCCUCGGCGUUGUAGUCAUGCUGUUUGUGUAUGAAGCCUUCUAUUCUCUGUGCUGGCUGCCCAUGGUGGUGACCUAUCCGCUGGAGCUGGUCACCACGAAGCAGCGGGGUGUGUUUUACUCUUUCACCAGCUUCAGCAUCUCUGCGUCUUCGUUCGUCAUUAGUUAUCUGAACCCCAUCGGGCUGGAGAAUAUCACAUGGCGAUAUUAUAUCAUCCAGACAGUAUUUAUUGCCUUGCUUGUGGUCAUCAUUUACUUUACCUUCCCGGAGACCAAGGGGCUCUCGCUGGAAGAGGUGGCAGCUGUGCUGGAUGGAAAGCAGGAAUUCAACCAGGCUGUGGAGGCUAUUGUUGAAAAGGUUCCUCAAGAGAGUAUUGCGGCUGUAUAG